AUGACCGAUCUCUUACCCGAUAACAACACUCACAUAGCGCCUGCUGUCCAGCCGAAUACACAUACACUACGAGUAUCCGAAAAUCCGCCUCCUUCGCUUUACAAUGCUCAUCUCGCGAACGAACCGCAGGUCGAGGAUGACUCGACCAUCAAAUGCAUCUGCGGCUUUAAGCAUGACGAUGGGCUCAGUGUGUUCUGCGAGAAGUGCAACACCUGGCAGCAUACGGAAUGCUACUAUUACGAUGAGAAGAACGAUCGCGUACCCCAGAAUCAUGAGCUCGAUGCAAUCUCCCACUUCUGCACAGACUGCGAGCCAAGAUGGAUCGAUGUUCAGGCUGCAAUCAACCGACAGAAGCUUCGAAUGGGAGACAUCGAGCCGGAUGAGAAGAAACUCAAGAAGGCGGCAUCGAAAAGUCAUAAGAAAAAGGUGCGGGCAACAGAGAAUGGUGUGUUGACGAAUGGUUGGUCUCCCACUGUUGAUGUUACACUGGAUCGCACGAGUCGAAGUCCACGCGAUCAACCGCUGUCCGCAAAAAGACCCAAAGCAAAUCAUCGCACAACACAGUCUCUCGCACUAUCUCAAAAUUCUACCUUCCAGCCUCAUAAACGAUCUGCGUCCUUGGUUCUCAGUCCAACCAAGCAGGCGAGUAAACGGACACCAAAUGGCUUCGUCAAAGAGCAUUAUAGCGAUGAAUUCAUGCGUUUGUAUGACAAUGAUAUUGGUGAGCAGGAUAUGCAAACAAAUUUGCUUGGAAAUAUCAACAUCACUCACGACCUUUCGACCUGGGUGUAUGAUGUUGAUGCGCUUCAUGUCGCUACCCGUGGGUUUUCCCAGAAAGACGUCUUUUAUCGGAUCGAGCGACCUCUCGAUGAGAUCAUCGGCCCACUACCUCAGAAACGAAUAAGGGAAGAUGCGAACGUCUUGAGGAACGGCCAAUGUCCACGGUGGAUUUACCUAACCAGUAGCGGCCCUAGUAAAUGGAAGUCCAUCAUAGGUGAGCUGAAAGGCAAAAUUGGUCAUAUGAACGACUACAUCUCGGACCCUGAGAAUAGGUGGGACUAUCUCAGACAUCCGGCACCCUUCGUCUUCUUCCACCCCAGACUGCCCAUCUACAUUGACACGCGGUCCGAAGGUACCUUGUGUCGCUAUCUUCGGCGGAGUUGCCGACCAAAUUUAUCGAUGACGACAAUUCUGGAGAACAGUUCCGAAUACCACUUCUGCUUCACUGCCAAACAAGAUAUAGAGGAUGGAGCGGAAAUGACUAUCGGGUGGACACUUGACGAGCAUAUGCGCAAAUUCAUCUCCAACAAGAAUGAUAUGGCAAAAGACUUGAGCCCAGAUGCUGAAGAGUAUAUAACAGAUUGGGUUGGCAAAGUUUCUUCUGAGUUUGGUGGCUGUGCGUGCGGUAUGCCGGACUCCUGUUGGCUUGUUCGCUACGAUCCAGAGAACAAAGGGUUGGUGCGAUCGAAGGGGCACAGCAGGCGGCGGCAAACCACAAAUAUUCAUGCUAACAGUGACGCCGAAGACGCUGAAUCAACCUCAAGAUCCACUUCCGGUAGCCCGGACUUGACACCCACAGGAUCCGCCAGUCAAGGUCCCGCCCUUGGCCUCGAGAUCUCUGACCGUGAGAAAAGGAAGAUAGCAGCGCUUGAGAAAACGCUUGAUGGCGACAAGCAUCAGCCUGCACCGAAAAAGAAAAAGCGAAAUAGCGGCGGCUCAAGCGCGAACGUGAAUGGUCCCGGGAUAUCUAAACCUCUGAUCCAAGCCACCUCUUUGUCUCAGCCUAAUACGCCCGGUUUUACUUAUAAGUCUCAGUAUAUCGACGUAGGUAUCGGAAAGACAUCCGAUGCUCCAGUAGCAAAAGCAGCCAGCAUCUUGGGCCAUCCACGUAAUAACACCAUUGCUGCCAGGAAAGCCUGGUCUAACCCAAACACGCCAACGACUUCCUCGCCGCUCGCUCGUUCUACCUAUGUGGACAUGGCUGUUCAAGUAGACAUGGACGAUGAAAACGACUGGUACAAUUCUGCGCCAGCCCUGAGCAAGCCUAGCAAGCCUCGGAAGCCCUACAUGUCAUUGACAAAGCGGCUGCUACUUCGCUCUCAACAAGACCGCCAGAGACUUGAAGAGAAAAGACGAUCUUCGGAAGCUUCCACAAAUCAGCAGUCAUUGAGCAAUCAUGCAAACUUGCGUUCACCAAGCAAUCAUGUAGACAUCGGAGUGAAGGUUUCUGGCCGGGAGUCACCUGAGCCUCAAUGUGACCAGCAAGAUUUCAGUCCAGGGCAGCCAAGGUCUCCACCGUCUGCCAAUCCAGGUCCGCCACCAUGGCCGUCAAAUACGCAAACUUUGCCUAUCAACGGCAUACGGCCGCCUAACCUCAUUGUCCAACUUCCGCCCAAACGACCACAAGCACCAGAUUCAGCCUCAUCCACGCCAUUGACUCAAACACCAAUUUCAACGCUCCCUCCAACACUCUUCCCAACUCACACUCCAUUACAGCCUCCUUCCACUGGAGGCUCCCUCCAACCAUCUCCUGCAAAGAAGAAAGUUAGCUUAAGUGACUACAUCAAACGCAAAGGAUCCUCAACAGAUGCCAAGCAUGGAGGAGCCGUAAGUCCAGAAUUAUCCCAUGGCAUUUCUAAACCACCGCUAUCCGCGUCUAAUUGUGAUGCGGCGAUGGAGGGUAGUGCAAUCGUCGACACCCCCAAAAGAGAGGAAGCCAAUCCCAUGGACUUUGCUACGACCGAGCGAAUGAAGACGAUUUCUCCAGUGCCGGAAGAGACGAAAAUGGAAACAUGA